UCCGUGAACAAGAUCGCUUACGGUGGUUCCUGGACCACCUGAUUUUUGCCAUUCCGUUGAUUCGCCACUGUCCCACCCUCAAAUUGAAUUUUUCCGGCGACAUCUUCUGAAACCCUAACCAAAACCCUGACAAACCCUAGACUUCGAAUCAGAAAUUAAUCUGCAUCCUUUCUCGCCGUUAAUUCUGAGUUAGACCUCUGACUCUUCCGGCGAAUAUGUAUGUAUCGGAUAAAGCAGGAGAGGAUGUGGAGCGGACGGCAUUCCGGAAAGCAGAGAAGAAGUACAAGCUCUACUACGACGACAGUUUCAAAUCCUCCAAAAAGAAGAAGCAACCCAAACCAGUUGAUUUAUCAGAGGUUUUGGAUUUUAAAUCCAUUUUAGAUAAUUACAAUCAGGGUGGUGAGCUUCCAGUAGGAGUUUCAGCUCUUCAGUGUGGGUUUGAUCGUCCUGUUUUCAGCUUGGAAAAUCGUCCUGGGUUUUAUUUCAUUCCUGGAGCUUUGAGUGUUGAGGAACAAUGUCAAUGGAUAAGGGAGAGUUUGACAAGCUUUCCACAGCCUCCCAACAGAACAAAUCAUAAUGCUUUUUAUGGGCCAGUGCAUGACCUGUUUAUGGCUGCCAAGGAAGGUAAAGUACUCAUUGAGGAGGAAACCUCACCUGGAUUUUUGGGGGCUGAAUCUACUUCUUCUGUCAGCAAUGGUGACGCUCAUAAAUGGAAGUUUUACGAGGAAGAGGAUGCAAAAUCAAUAGGAAAGGCAAGCAAAUCAAUUCCUGCCUCUGUUUUGCUGCGGAAGCUAAGGUGGAGUACCCUUGGCUUGCAAUUUGACUGGUCCAAGAGGAACUAUGACGUGUCUCUCCCUCAUAACAAGAUACCUGAUGCACUCUGUCGACUAGCUAAAAGAAUGGCGGCCCCUGCAAUGCCUAUGGGAGAAGAGUUCCAGCCAGAAGCUGCUAUUGUGAAUUAUUUUGGUUUAGGUGAUACACUUGGUGGGCACCUUGAUGACAUGGAAGCAGAUUGGAGUAAACCUAUAGUAAGCAUGAGUUUGGGCUGCAAGGCUAUUUUCCUUCUUGGAGGAAGGACAAGGCAGGACCAGCCAUUAGCAAUGUUCCUCCGAAGUGGUGAUAUUGUGCUUAUGGCUGGAGAAGCUAGGGAAUGCUUUCAUGGUGUGCCUCGUAUCUUCACAGACAAAGAACAUGCUGAAAUCACCCCUCUUGAAGAGCAGUUUUCGCACGGAGAUGAUCUUUGUUUCUUAGAAUAUAUCAGAACUUCAAGGAUCAACGUCAAUAUCAGACAAGUUUUUUGAGUUCCUACAUUUUCCAUCCACACUCCAAUAUUUGAUUCAACGGCUCACAUGUCCUCAUAGAGAUGAAGCAGGAAAGACAAUGGAAAAUCGUCGGUGACAUUUGAAGAAAAUUUUGUAGGAAAUUGGAACAUCCAAAAUGGACAAGGAAACUGAAAGUAAUGUGAAUGGAAGGAGAAAAGAUGCCGCAGCCUUAGUCAUUGCUACAUUUUUUGCAUGUCCUAAAAGUAUAUUUGUCCUUUCUCAUUUGUGUCCCAUCUAAGCUUGAACACCCUUCAUCCCUCCUUCCCAUCUUUGCUAUUUGACUUUUCGCAUCCAGGCGAGUUGUAACUUGUAAACCUUGACAUUCUUCUGUUUCACACUCUUAAUAAAUUGACAACACGCUU